AUGAAGCUGCCGCGUCCGCUCCUCUGCCUCCCAUCCUCUCCCCGGCCGCCGCCGCCGCCGCUGCUCCUGCUGCUCCUCCUUGCGCUGCUGGUGCUGCCACUGCCGCCCUCGGUAUCGGCAUACAAGCCCACGGACCGAUGCGGCGGCUCAAAGAUGUACUACACCCCGCUCCUCUCGAGCGACACCAGGGGCGAGUUUGGCGUGUGCGACAGUUCGUGCCACCCCAUCGUCGUGCCGCCUCGCACCGCUCCUGCUCCCCAUCGCUCCACCACAAAGGCGAAACGAGGACACCUCCGUCGUCUCGACACCGCCAGCCCCACGACGACGACGACGACGACGGCAGUGUCGCGGUGCGAUACGACAAAGACGUUGCCGGAAGACGACCUGGAUCCGGAGCAGUACGGCGACAAGUUCCCGUUCCACAUGCGUACCUGCUGGAUCCGCUCUGGUGCCGCCCGCGACGAUCUCAAGGCCGCACAGCGCUGGUUUGAACAGGCCUGCCAGGAGGCCCAGGGCAUCUUUACCAACCCCUUCUUCAAGACUUGGCUCGACGACGGCAAAAAGCCCUGA